AUGGUUUUCUGCGCUGGAACCCGGGAGGGGUUCUGGGAGGUGAUCAGUGAUGAACAUGGGAUAGACCCCAGCGGGAACUAUGUCGGAGACUCCGAUCUGCAGCUCGAAAGGAUCAGCGUCUAUUACAAUGAAGCAUCCUCUCACAAGUAUGUUCCUCGCGCUAUUCUCGUGGACCUGGAACCCGGCACCAUGGACAGUGUCCGGUCAGGUGCUUUCGGCCAUCUCUUCAGACCCGACAACUUCAUCUUCGGUCAAAGUGGCGCAGGGAACAACUGGGCGAAGGGGCACUACACAGAGGGCGCCGAGCUGGUGGACUCCGUCCUGGACGUGGUGCGGAAGGAGUGUGAGAACUGUGACUGUCUCCAGGGCUUCCAGCUCACCCAUUCUCUGGGCGGGGGCACAGGGUCUGGCAUGGGGACCCUCCUCAUUAGCAAAGUUCGCGAAGAGUACCCUGACCGGAUCAUGAACACUUUCAGCGUGGUGCCUUCCCCCAAGGUGUCAGACACAGUGGUGGAGCCCUACAACGCCACCUUGUCCAUUCACCAGCUGGUGGAGAACACGGACGAGACCUACUGCAUCGACAACGAAGCCCUCUACGACAUCUGCUUCCGGACCCUCAAGCUGGCCACGCCCACCUAUGGAGACCUCAACCACCUUGUUUCCGCCACCAUGAGCGGUGUCACCACCUCCUUGCGGUUCCCUGGGCAGCUCAACGCUGACCUCCGCAAACUGGCCGUCAACAUGGUGCCCUUCCCCCGCCUCCACUUCUUCAUGCCCGGCUUUGCCCCACUGACUGCCCGCGGGAGCCAGCAGUACCGCGCCCUGACCGUGCCGGAGCUCACCCAACAGAUGUUUGAUGCCAAGAACAUGAUGGCCGCCUGCGAUCCCCGCCACGGCCGCUACCUGACAGUAGCCACCGUCUUCAGGGGCCGCAUGUCCAUGAAGGAGGUGGACGAGCAGAUGCUGGCCAUCCAGAGCAAGAACAGCAGCUACUUUGUGGAGUGGAUCCCCAACAACGUCAAGGUGGCCGUCUGCGACAUCCCGCCCCGGGGCCUGAAGAUGUCUUCCACCUUCAUCGGCAACAGCACGGCCAUACAGGAGCUCUUCAAGCGCAUCUCAGAGCAGUUCACGGCCAUGUUCCGGCGCAAGGCCUUCCUCCACUGGUACACGGGUGAGGGGAUGGAUGAGAUGGAGUUCACGGAGGCUGAGAGCAACAUGAACGACCUGGUCUCGGAGUAUCAACAGUACCAGGAUGCGACAGCAGAAGAGGAAGGCGAGAUGUACGAGGACGAUGAGGAGGAGUCCGAGGCCCAAGGGGCCAAGUGA